AUGCGCCAAGCGCGCAUGUGGCUGGCAGCCAUCCUCGCACUUUGCUUAGGUGCUCAGGCGGAGCCCAUGAAAGUGGCGGUGACUGGCGCAGGAGGGCAAACCGGGGGCCACGUCUUCCGCAAGAUGCUGCGAAGGCCUGAGCUCUUUAGCCCCGUGGGCAUUGCACGGACGGAGCGCUCGAAAGAGGCGCUCCUGGAAGCCACAGGCGCCGCACCCGAGCAGGUGGUUGUCGUGGACCUGGCAGAGGCUGCCCAGGAACCGCAAGGGAACGCCGGCCGCGCACUCGCGGCUGCGCUCGCAGGCUGCGCUGCGCUCGUCAUCGGAAGUUCGGCCAAAGUGAAGCCCACAGGUGGCACCAACGCAGAGACAGGGCGCCCCAAUAUGGGAUUCCCUGAUGGGCAGCCGUACUUGGUGGAUUGGUUGGCACAGAAAGCGCAGAUCGAUGCGGCCCGCUUGGCUGGGGUUGGCCACGUGACCAUCUGCAGCUCUAUGGGUGGAACAAACCCGGACCACAUGCUGAAUCGCUUUGGCCGGACGACCGAUGGCCGUGGCGGCGGCAUUCUGCUCUGGAAGCGGAAAGCGGAGAAGUAUUUGAUCGACUCUGGCUUGACUUACACCAUAGUCCAUCCUGGAGGUCUGUUGAAUGAGCCAGGAGGCAAGAGGACUUUGGUGGUCGGCGUGGACGACAAGGUGCCCACAGAGUCGCGUUCCAUUCCCCGCGAAGAUGUGGCAGAAGUGCUUCUGCAAAGCCUGGUGCAAAGUGACUAUCGGGAUCGUUCUUUUGACUUGGUGGCAGAGCCCGAAGGUGGCGAUGAGGUGUGCACAGACUUCGCAUCGCUGCUGCAAUCGCUUCAAGGCUCGAGUUGCGACUACUCGCUGGGUGCCAUCCCCGACCAGGAGCUAGAAGCCGCAGAAGAUGCGCUCCUGAGCCCUUCCCUAUCUGCCCUCACGGUAGCCAUCAGCCCAAGGUUGCACAAGAAGAUGAAGCCGGUGCUGCAGGCCCAGGUGCCCGAAGCCCAGGCGACCCAGGCCCAGGCGGCCACCUCGGGCAGCCCACAUCUCCAGGUCCAGGAAGCUGCAAUGCAAGCUGACAUCCACGCAGACGUCGAGGAUGACGCAGCUAUCGCAGCUGAGCUUCAACGAGAAGAGGAGGAAAGGGCAGGCCUCGCCCCUGGCACAGCGGCCACCAGGCCGGAUCUCCUAGCUGCAGCCACCGCUGUGGCGGCGGCACGGGAGGAAGAAAGGAGGGCCGAGGAGGUAGAUGACGACGAGUCCUGGGCCGAAGAGGAGAUCCAGACGGCGUGGAUCGACCACAAAGGGUGGACUGAUGCAGAUCAAGGCAGGCAGUGCACCGGCAAUUCGGCCGGUUGGGCGUUUACCUUUCUCAAAAACUUCGUCUGGCAAGGUUCCUACGGCCUACGGUCCGGUCCGGGACUGCUGCCCUUCAAGACGAGGCACGACGCGUGCACCGGAGAGGCGGACCAACGCCAGGUGGAGACGGUGCCAGCCCACUUGGUCCAGAUCCGGGCUAUGUACUCGCCAACAAAGACGCAGCCUUCCGAGGUGGAGGGAGCUGAAGACGGUGGUGACAGCCCCGCACUAGGUGCCAGUGCUACGUCUCCUACAGGUGCCGAGCUGGGUGUCUUGACAACCACUGCCGAGGAGAUGUUGCAGGCCCAAGUUCCCGACGAAGAGUGGGAUGAGGAGACCAUGCUUCGCCGCGAGCUGGCCAAGUUGAGAACUGGCGAGGAUGUCAUAGCAUUCUUCGCGAAGAACGGAUCCAACAGUUCGGUGAAGUUCGUGUACUGCAAGCGAAGAGAGAAUGUGGACGUCACGGAGUUUCGGCCCUAUGACCUUGAAGUCAUCUCUGAGCUCAUGGAUGGUUCCUCCUCUGCAACGACGGCCUCAAAGCUCGGCGAGCACUUUACGAUCUCGGCCACUGGCGUGGUCCACGUGUCCCCGGGGCAGCAGAGCGAGCACAUGUCUUUGGGAGAUUGGAUGCACCAGUGCCUCAUGUACAGCGUCCUUACCUCCAUGAACUUCUUCAAGUACUACAUACACGGCAAGGUGUUCUCCCGGUGGCAGCAGCACACGCGGUUCACGUUGUACUGCCAUGCAAGGAAGAAUUUGGUCAGGCGGCUGUUUUUGGCGAAGCCGCUCUUUGUGGGGCCCCUCAUCAAGAUUUGCUCGCUGAUGCGCGAGGUGGAGUCCGUGAAGGUCGUCAACAUAGGCAGCAACGUGUACAACUUGGCGGAUUUUGAUCGCGAGCAGGCUACGGUUCGGUCAGCGAGCUGCGCGCAGAAGGAACUCGAGAUGCUCCACGAUCAGACGGUGGCUGCCAUGGACAAGUUGGUACAGGUUGUAGGCCAGGCGACGGAGCCGCAGAGCCACGAGCCGCCGCAGGGGACCCUGAGGCCGCGGAUGAAGUCCAUGGUGCAGGAGAAGAAGGAGGCCUCGGACAGUGCACGGCGGCACCGCCUUGCCGUCUAUGACAACCAGAUGCUCGGAGACUGCGUGCGGCUUGUGGACUACAUGUUUCAGGCGUGCCUCGUAAAGGUGGUCAUCAAUGCAUCUGUGGAGUUCUUCAACCGGGUUGACAGCUCGACGAAGAUGUUUUCCAUUUCCGUGGCGUAUGGCGAGAAGACUAUGGUGUUCGAUCCUUCGCUGGACCAGUUCCUUGAGAUGCUGACAAAGCUUUGGCGUUCCUCGGUUCAGGUGGUGAAUGGCAUCCUUUCGCUGCUGAGCUCGCCGCACUAUGUGAAGCACCUUUCUUCCUCCACUGGCAGCACGCAGACGGUGGAAAGCAUCUUACACCACAAUCGGCAGUUCAACCACUACACGGCUGCUGUGCGCGAGAAGAUCUUUACAGACAUCACCAAUGCGCAGAAAUUCUCGGACAAGCAUUUCGAGCUGUUCCGGCGCAUCCAUGACUAUGGAAACAACUGGGACGAAGAAGCCUACCUGUCUUCCACGACAUCUCACGAGGAGCUUGCCUCCGACAUGGGCCGCAUGAGGGAGUUCCAGGCGGAUCUGGACAAGUACAAGCCUCACCACAAUGUUGGCAUCAUCGUCGUCGACGGGCGAACUCUGCGGGCGAGCCUGCAGCCCGUGCCGGAGCGGGGCCUGGCGGCGAUGAAGAAGGCGCUCACGGACAUCGCCCGGCGCAAGUGCCAGGGUGUUUUGCAGCGCUUCGACCAUGCCAACAAGAUUCUGGACGAGCGGCCGAAGAGUUUGACGGCCUAUGCAGACUAUGUCAAGGCCUUUCGUGCGGGCCGGAUGGUUUCGUGGGCCGCGAGGGGCCGUGGUCUUCGUCUUCCGCUGCCCGGACUGCGGCUCGGUCUCGCGCUGGUUCCGCUCAACGCACCCGGAGGUGUCGUUGAACCCAAAUCGAUGGGGCCGUCUCUGCGGCGAGCAGGAGGACUUGAAGGCCUGGCUCGUGUUUGCCUUCCACUGGACUGGGAUCACGUGUGGACUGAAGUCUUCGAUGCGGACUCCUGGCGACCGUUGGAUCCGAACUGCGUCGACUUUGCAAGACGCCUCAGCGAGGGCAUUGGCUCCUGGACGCGCGUCCUGGCCAUUGGCACCCCAGGAAGUGGGGACAUGAUGGCUGCCACCGAAGAGGUCACCGAAAAGUAUCUGCGCAUGGCAAAAGGUAGCGACGAGGAGGCGGAAGGAAGACAGGAGUUGAUGCCGGUCCAAAGAACUCUGCUCUUCCGAGUGUAUCGAAAGUCCUCGUCCCUGUACACUCCAUCAUUGGCCCGUCAAAGCGUGGCGCCGGCAAAUCCACACUGCCAGGGAAGACCCCACGGGGCAGGCAGCUUUCGAGCUUUUGUCAGCUUCGAUGGCAUCCCACCGUUCAUGAUUGCUUUCCCGUAUCGGUGGAUGCUUGCGGCUUGCGCUCCUGAGGGCACGCAGAGCCGCACAAGUCACGGGCACACGCUGCUCUGCGCCGGCCUCGAGGAGAGGAGAUUGCGUCGGCUUUCGGAGCCUGGGAUCUGCUUGGAUAUCUGCUUUGCUGCUGUCUCCCCAGCCGUUUCAUCGAAGGACCACGAGAUCACCGCCGAGCUGCGGGCUUCUUCCUCCAUGGUGCGCAUUUUCGCAGAGGCCUUCAACGACAUCAAGAACCAGGAAGCUCAGAUGGAGGAAAUGAGAGAGGAGGUGGAGUCCAUGUACCAGCUACUCCGGCAGUACAACGUGCGCGUCAGUGGAGACGACACAGUGCAGAUGGAGUUCCUGCAGACCAAGGGCUCGGACUUUGCCGAUCGCAAGCUCAUCGAGGGCAACGCCUACAUUCGGGAGAAGACCGACGAGAUGGUCGAGAGCUUGAACGGUGUCUCGCAGCUCGCGGAGGAGGAGGCGAAGAAGCUCACGGAGCAGUUCAGUGGCUGCAGACAGGUAGACGUGGGUUGUGCAGUUGCAGUUCGCGAGCGUGUGAGCAAAAACGCAGGAGCACUGCGAGCCUAA